CACCAGGUGUGCCUCUUGUUGUUGAGGUAAAACAAAAGCCAACAUCAGCAGCAGCAGAGCUGAUUUCUAAUGUAACCCCACAUCUUUGCUUACAGUUUUGUGAAGCCUACUUUAAUUGUCUUUCAAACCAUUUUUUUGCCUUUCGUACCUUAUGUUUUUGUCGCACCCAUUACACUGUGAGGAAAAAUGUAUUCAACGCUCAACUUGUCAACUUCCGAAGACUCCAACACGUCAGGUGUUGACCCUCAAAGACUGCUGGAGCUGACUCACCGGUCAGUCAAAAUAAGCAUAAUUAUCGUUUUGGGCGCGAUGAUCACUUUGGGAAAUAUUGCCGUUCUCCUGGUUAUUACUUCCUCCGUGGCUGGCUGGUCAAGAAACUCUCGGUAUUUUCUCCUCUCUCUCACUGCUGCAGACUCUGCGUUUGGACUGCUGGUCAUGCCCUUGAAUCUCUGGGUGAGUCUGCUAAAGGACUACACUGAAGGGCCAGACGCUCUUUGUCAUCUCGUGGCCUUUUGCAAUGCCACCGUCUACUCCACCUGCAUGUAUACACUGGCCACGAUAAGCCUGGAGAGGUACAUUGCAGUGUUUUACCCGCUUCAAUACUCAUUUAUGUUGACAAGAAAAAGGGCACUGCUCCUGAUUGCCUUCGCCUGGUGCUUCCCUCCAUUUCUACUGUUGCCAAUAUCAUUUCCAGAUGGCAUCAUCGAGGUUCAUUUUUCUACUGCAUCCCUGGUCUGCAAUCCGUCCUACUCAACAAAUGUUGGAUACACUCUAAGCUUGACCUGCUUUAUAUUUUCCCCCUGCUCCAUCAUCAUGACAUAUGCAAACCUGAGAGUGUGGUGUGCUGCCAAGAGACAGAGACUUAAACUGCGCAAAUACAACUGUGCGCGUCGCAGCAGACACAAUAUGGCAUCCAGAGUGCUUGUGCCUGUGGUGGCAGCCUACUACACCUGUUGGACUCCCUGCAUGGCAGCUAUGAUCUACAAUGCAGUCUCUGGUAGCAGUGUACCAGAGUGGGUUGAGUUUGUGGUGGUAUGGCUGCCAACCUCCAAUGGAUUCCUCAACUGCAUCUUCUACUUCUGGAUUAACCGAAGCUUCCGCAGGAAAUUCCACCUUGUACUCCAGAGGCUGGCUCUGGCCCUCUGCCCCAAACUGGCUGACAGCCUAGGGUACAGCAGAACUUCAAAGACACAGUUAGUGUCAGGAAUUCUGGAUAAAAACAACAGCGUCCAUGAGCGUUCUUCCAGCGUUUCCUCUACCUGCACCCUGUUAAGUUUGGCUUAGGACAUCUGCAUCUGAAGAGCACCAUUGGCAUGGUAAGGGACAUAGUCACUGACCUCUGUGGUGUGGUGUUUCGUAUUGUCUGGUCAACUGAUGCCAAGUUAUUGACAUAUUCCAACAUAAGGUGUCAAGGGUAAGAGGAGGACUCAUUGUAAUGGGUUGCAAUGCAAACAGGUUGAUACUAAGACAGACUGUGAUAGCAAGUACUUGACAUAACCACUACAUCAUAGUAAUUUGAGUUAAUAUUUCUUAUAUUUUAACAAUUUGCAGUCUAAAAAUAGUGUUCAAUUGUGUGGAACACAGGCUCAAUGUAUAACUUAAAAAAAUGUUUUAGUCAUGCACACAGUCUUGCCAAGAUUUAAUGUACUGUCAGAGAUGGCCUCUUAAACCACCUUUUUAGUUGUUUUAUAGUUAUCAACCUUGUCUGUUCCCCAGAAAUGCCAACCAUUAUUCUGCAAACGGCUAUAUAAUCAGUCUUUUAAUAGUGUCAGCUGUUGCAUAAUUAGACUUGUUGCUGAGGUCAACACGUUGAACUUUAAACAUAUAACUGAUAUUUAGACUUUUAUUCAUGAGACAUUUGUGAACU